CUCGGCUGCUGCUGCUGGAGACAGUGGUUGUGUGAAAGUGAGUGGUCAAAGAAGAAGCACUUUUCCGUCCGAGCACGCCGGUGGCACCCCGACUUCUCUGCAGAGUUUGAGUGAAGCAGGGCGUUUCCUCCUCAUCUUCAGGUCUUCGUGUCCUGUCGGCACUUCAGACUCGAUCGUCAUCGUACCAUAGUCAUCACAAUGGAGGUCAUGUCGAACCUGGUCACUCAGAACAUCCCCAACUACCUCUCCAGCCUCCCCGUGCCCAAGUCCAUCGGGGGCUGGUUCAAACUUGGAUUCCGUGAUUGGGCAUCCCUGGUGCCGCUGGGUGCUGUCAUUGGUGGAUUAACAUACAUGUCAUACCUUGCAUUUUGCCCAUGUGGACGUGUUUGUAAGAUUCACCUCAAUGAAAAGAUUGAGAAAAGCAACCCUAAAGUUGUCCACUCCGUGGAUGUAGAAGAUCUAGGCGAGACCUCAGCAUUCUGUCGCUGCUGGAAGAGCAAAUCCUUCCCUAAAUGUGAUGGUUCUCACAAUGAGCACAAUGAAACUACUGGUGACAAUGUUGGUCCUCUCGUCGUGAAGAAAAAGAAGUAAGAAAACAAUAGCUGCUUUUUAGUGCCAAACUAGGUCUUUUUUGAACCGGUUGAUAAAGUGAUGGAUAUACUCUUACUUGAAAUUUUAGGAAGGUCCCUCUCUCAAUGUGAUUGCAUUUUUGAAGUAUAUUUCUUUUAGAUUUGUUUAUUACAUGCUCGUGUAAUUGAUCUCAUCAGUUCUCAACAGCCUAGAGAGAUAGAUAAAUUCCCACAUAACAGUUUUUACGAUUCCUUGUUUUUAGCGCUGUGCGUUACUACAUGGCAUUGAAUGCUCUUAUUAUUUACGUUGUCUCAUAAUUCAACUUCCGCUAAAUGAUGAAAGGGAUGUUACAAGCUGAGCUCUUCAUGAUGCGCUGGACAAUAAAUGUUACUGUUGGAUUUUA